ACUUUGUGUUGAGCUGCUCCGAAGGAUGAUGGGUGGUGCUGUCACCUGGUCAUCCCUGUGAGCUGCUCUGAAGGAUGAUGCUGUCACCCAGUCAGCCCUACAAGCUGCUCCGAAGGAUGAUAGACAAUGCAGUCACUCGAUCACAAAGGAGGUGGCGAAGCUGCUGGAGAUGAAGGCACAGCUGGGAGGAGAUGAGAACAAACACAAGUUUGUGCUCAAGACCCCAAAGGGCACGCGGGACUACAGCCCCAAGCAGAUGGCCAUUCGCGAGAGAGUCUUUGACACCAUCAUCACCUGCUUCAAGCGCCACGGAGCAGAAGUCAUCGAUACACCGGUGUUUGAGCUAAAGGAGACGCUGACAGGGAAAUAUGGUGAAGACUCAAAGCUCAUCUAUGAUCUGAAAGACCAAGGGGGAGAGCUGCUGUCGCUGCGCUACGACCUGACAGUGCCCUUCGCUCGCUAUCUGGCAAUGAAUAAGAUUACCAACAUCAAGCGCUACCACAUUGCCAAGGUCUACAGGCGGGACAACCCGGCCAUGACCAGGGGCCGCUACCGAGAGUUCUACCAGUGUGAUUUUGACAUCGCGGGGCAGUUCGACCCAAUGAUUCCCGACGCUGAGUGCCUGAAGAUAGUGCACGAGAUCCUGAGCAACCUGCAACUUGGGGACUUUCUCAUUAAGGUCAAUGACCGGCGCAUCCUCGAUGGGAUGUUUGCGGUUUGCGGAGUCCCAGACAGCAAGUUCCGAACAAUCUGCUCCAGCGUUGACAAACUGGAUAAGAUGCCAUGGGAAGAAGUGCGUAGUGAGAUGGUAGGGGAGAAGGCGCUCUCUCCUGAGGCUGCGGAUCACAUUGGGGAAUAUGUCCAGCUUCACGGUGGGCUGGACCUGGCUGAGCGGCUUCUCCAAGACCCCAAGCUGUCCCAGAACAAGCUGGCCAAGGAGGGGCUGGGGGACCUAAAGCUGCUGUUUGAGUACUUGGCACUGUUUGGCAUCGCAGAGAAGAUCUCCUUCGACCUGAGCCUGGCGCGGGGUCUGGACUAUUACACGGGGGUGAUCUUUGAGGCUGUGCUGCUGCAGCCGGAGAACGACCACAUGGAGGAGCCCGUGGGCGUUGGGAGCGUGGCUGGAGGUGGCCGCUAUGAUGGGCUGGUGGGAAUGUUUGAUCCCAAGGGCCGGAAGGUGCCUUGCGUGGGGGUCAGCAUUGGCAUUGAGCGGAUCUUCUCCAUCCUGGAGCAGAGAGUUGAGGCCUCUCAGGAAAAGAUCAGGACAACAGAGACACAGGUGCUGGUGGCCUCUGCCCAAAAGAAGCUUCUUGAGGAGCGUCUGAAACUCGUCUCUGAGCUGUGGGAUGCUGGAAUCAAGGCAGAGGUGCUGUACAAGAAGAAUCCCAAGCUGCUGAACCAGCUCCAGUACUGCGAGGACGCAGGGAUCCCCCUCGUCGCCAUCGUGGGAGAGCAGGAGCUCAAGGACGGAGUCGUCAAACUGCGGGAUGUGGCAACCCGGGAGGAGGUCAACAUUCGCAGGGAGAGCCUGGUGGAGGAGAUCAGGAUGCGAACGAGCCAGCCUUAAACCUCUUCUGGACGCCUCUCCGCCUGUGGUGGAUUCUGCCCUGCAGAUUUCCUCCUGGAAUUGCCUUGGCCAGGCUGUCUCGCAGUGUGGUCGGGGGCUUUUCCAAGCUGUAUUUAUUGUCUGUGCCCUCCCUUUCCCGUUGGGAGCAGAGAGGCUGCAUGCCCUUACAAGUCUGUCGCUGGAAGACGCUUCAGAAGCGGCUCUGGCAAACGCGGGCUCCGUCGCUGCCCCAUGGAGCUGCCGGGGCCUCGGCUGCAGCAUCCCAUUCCUGUCACUUUGAACGAGCGUUAUGCCCUGUCCCUGCUCCAGAGCUGACCUCAAUGGA